AUGAAAUGCCUAUUAAAGUCAUACUCAACUUAUUCCACUUAUUUUCCCCGGGCUCUUAUAGCAGCAGUAAAUGAAACAGAAGAAGAAGACAUCCGCGAUGCUUUGAAAAACCAAACAGAACAUCAGCUAGCCCUGGUGCCACGAGGUCCUACACUUGUCAGAGAUACUGUCGCCUACAACACUACCAUCACCACUGAUGACACGGAGGAGCUGCGAGCUUUGCGUCCAGAUGGCACGAUACUGACAGAGAGGCGACACAUUAAGGAACAGGAGCGCAUCUGUGACGAGGAAAUUGACAAGGACGAGGUUUGUUCGGUGAAAAGUGACGAAAGUUUAAUAAAAGAGUCCGGUGGAAAGGAAAGACGCAAGUGCGUGGAGACUGAAAGGUCAACUGACCUGAUGGCGGGUGGGCUACGCGUCGCCACACAGUUGCAGUCCCGAACCAGGACCGAAGAAGCUGAAAGAGAAGGACAACCAAACAUGGAUGACGAGUGGGACAGCCUUUCAGUUAGAAUGCGACGGCAGCGCCGCAUUCGACUUAACGAUCAAGAAAAGGACUACGCAAAACAUCCAAUUAACUUUGACAUAGAGGAAGAAACGCGCAAAAAAGAAACUUCUAAAUGGUUAGAAAGCCAUUUUGGUAGCGAGUCGCCUUCAUCUCAUGACUCCAUCGCCGAGGAAAUCGGACGGCGGCCUACAACUGGUUACUAUGUAAAGAAGUCUGAAGACGAAGGCUAUUACGGGAAGACGUCUACUGUGCCGCCACCACCACCAGUGUUUCCCGAACGAGUUCUUCGAAAGACUAAGUCAUCAACACCUUCGGAGGAACGCCCACAAGGAAAUAGGACAGGUGGCUAUUUUAAAGGUGUUGCAGAUUGGUCACAACGCCGUGCUACAAAGCCCAGAAUGCCUGAACCUCGCAGCUCAUCUCCCUCGCCACCGGUGGUGCGUUCGCCAUAUGCCAGUAAUGAUAGAUUAAACGGUUCUUCGCCGAGACAUGUGUAUGGAAAGCGUGAUUCGCCUCAGAGAAGGUCAUCGCCGAUCGGUCGCCGCCACCCGCCCUCGCGCGACGACUCUGCCUACGUCUCUUCCUCGACCAUGCACAGUCCUCCACGUGGUUCACCAUUUCAUCCACUUGAAACGGAUCGGUCGUUCCGUGAACCUUCCAUUGAAGAUGAUUAUCGCCCGCCAGUAGUUCCUGAAAGGAAACGUAAUUUAAAGCAGCGGUCCGAGGAUCAUCGUUACGAUAGCGGAUACAGGAGUUCAUCACGGAAUGGUAAUUCAGGACGUUCACGAGACAGUCACGAGGAUAGUGCCGUAGAACCUCCUCCAGAUUAUUCGCCCCCGAGGGAGCGUCGAGGUAGUGCAGACAGAGAUAGAACGCCACCGCGGCGCCGAGACGAAAGAAAGCUUAAUCAGAAAACUAGGUUUGCGGACAAUGGACGACAGCCCUCACCAGUUAGAAGAUCAGUGGGAUCAGCGAUUGGGAAUUCGAUAAGGAAGUUAGUGGGGAAGAUACGGUCAGCGUCAGCGGAACGAAAAGCAAAGUGGCGCAACUCGAGAUCUCCGUCGCCGGAGCAUGCAUCGCGGACGUAUAAACAGUACGGGGGGGAGCUGGCGCCCCCUGCCGCUCCCCCGCACCGUUAUUACCUAGGAGAGGACCCUUUUGCGCCCAGCAUCUAUGGCCGUGAGCACAAGUAUGACGGCAGUCCUAGACGCGCCACAGCUGUUGAUGCCCGUGACCAUCGUGAAAGAGGACAGUACUCAAGCACGCUCGGUCGAUUCAGUCAUUCUACAAGUCGAUUGAACCCGAACAGCGAAACUGAGGAAGAAUACUCACGGUCAGCACAAACUCUGCCGAGGAAACUUCACGAACGCAAAGAUAAGAAACCCACCGAAAAGCCAAGCUCAAACAAAUAUUGGCAACGUCUUACCUCAAAUAAAAGAUCUACAAGUGCCAUUAAUAUAUCGAAUAAUUCUUCAACGCCAGAAACAAAGGUAAACGGUUACCCUCCCGGUCCCGCAAAACCUGCGAGGACCUACAAGGGUCUAAACAGGAGUAAGAGUUUUGCUAUGGGCGUUCCUGAACAAGAAACACAUCCUAGGUACAUUUCAGGCAUGAACAGAAAUUACUCCACCAUGUACAAGUCUAAUCCUCAUUUGAGCCGGCUUGAUGAAACCCCUGAACAACUUAAAAGUCCUGGUAUUGUGUCAAUUAUAAAUCGAAGCCAACGCGAUCUCGCUGAUGCUGUUUCGCGUGAGACAGAACGGCGUCGCGACGGACUAUUCGGUGCGCGUUAUGGAAAAACGGCACCAACCACCAACGGACAUACUAAUGGUUACAGCAAAUCUUUCGAUGACACGGAUAAAAAGAAGAUGUUUUUGAAAGGACUUCGGGAUCGCGCACCCGAACUAUAUCAAACUUUGCACGCUGACGAUGAAUCGGAUGGAAGCAGGUUGUCUUCGAGAUAUGGAACUCCAUCACCCCAUUACAAAGAAAGGAUAUCUGAAGAGCGUAAAAUCCCAGUUUAUAAAACCGAUUCUAUGAAUAGAGAUAGCAGCCCGUUUGUUUCACGCUUGGAGACGAGGUUGAAAUCUCCAAUUAAUAGAAGAGAGAGUAAUAGUAGUGACAAUUAUUCUGAGACCUAUAGAUACACUACUAGGUCUGGUGAUCCUGAGCGACCCAGUGUCACAGAUACUGUAGAAACUGUUAGCAAAAAAAUCGUGCCAUCCAAAGAUGGUCGAUCAAAGGAGAUAAUUGAAUCCAGGGAAGUCAAUUCGGUAACAAAAAGCAGAGGUUAUAAGGAGCCUAUUACAAUAAAAUAUUAUGAAAGUGACCGACCACCGAAGUAUGAAAGCAGAAAUGGUAUAACUCCAUUGUAUACAGAGCGUAGGCGAAGCAAUUUUAAAGUAACAGAGAAAGUUAGAGAUUAUUAA